CACAACUGGGCCUGCUUUGGCGACUGCGGCGCCAUUGCCACGGGCAUCGACCUCGUCGAGGCCAUCUGGAAGCGCCGGUCCCGCGGCCCGAGCCAGCAGACGUGGGAUGACGUGCAGCGCGAGGCCCGGUGGGCGCAGCUUCUGAUCUUUUAGCCCUCACGUCAUGGCGCGCGCCUCCACCACGCGUCGUCCAAAAUUCCGACUGUCGGAAUUGGGCGUCGUCGUGCGACGCGCUAGCCUGAUUUAUGAAAAGGUAUAAAUAGAGAGAGACAGCCUGUUCCUGACCAAACCCAAACGAUGACCUCGACGCCACCCGCACCUGCCGCCCCGCUGGGCAUCCGGCGCUUCUACACACAGCACACCGAGCCGCUCGACGUCGAGGUCACGGCCAAGGUGAUGACAUGCUCGGGCCUCGACCUGACCCUCGCCGAGGCCGGCACCGGUCGGCCCAUGUUUGCCGUCGUUGGCAAACUCGCCUUUCUCGGCAACGUCGCCGAGGUCAAGGCCGCCGACGGGGCGCUGCUGUAUCGCAUAUGGCAGAAGCGCGCGGCGCUGCGAAACAAGUACAAGGCCACCCAGGGCUCCAAGCCAAAGACAAAGGCCGAGGAACAGGCCGAUGUUCUUUUCCACGCCGAGGGCGGCUAUAAGCUCUCGUUUGACCUCGAUGUCACCUACCGUUCCUUUGACGAGGGAAAGGAGCAAACGCUCACGCUCAAGACGGGUGUGGUGAGUCGUAGUAGACCCUGCGACGAUGAGCUCCCCAGCUCACACGAGGACCAUCUACGCAGACAAAGAAAGAGUCACAGAUCGUCAAGCCCGACGGAACCGUCAUCGCACGCAUCACACGGAGUAAGGCGGACAUGUGGUGGUGGACCGGUGAGUCGGCUUUUGUUCUAUGCAGCUGCCGAGGCAAGCAAGCGAGACUGAAUGAAGACACGCGGCAGCAAAGCAACCCUACAAUAUCCACGUUGCGGCCGGCGUAGACGCCUCGCUCGUCGUCCUCGUCCUCGUGUGCAUGCACAUGCAGCUCAUCGUGUACAAGGCAUCGGUGACAGCAGCUGUCAGCUAGAAGAUCGAGCGAAUUGAUUGUAAUUGUAAUAGUAUAGUACAUGGGUAUGCUUGUAGUACAGUGCUGCUA